AUGUCACUGCCACCACAACGCGGCACAGUUGAUCGGACAAGACGCAAAAUCGACAUUGCUCAGGUGUCCUUGAGCUUGCAAGAUCGACUGGGCCUUGCCAAAGUCAAGUAUGAGAACGGCCGUCUGCGUUUAGAUUCGAAAGACCAUGACCAGCAGGAUGACAAGCUGGGUGCGCUGGGAUCUGAUAAACCGUCCGACUCGUCUUCCGAGCUGGCCUACAGCCGCUACGAAACGCCUUUGACGUCCUCCCCAACCCGAAAUGCAACUUUCUCAAAUGAGUUGCCCAGGUCGGCGAGAAACAAGCAUGCUGCAACAUUCGAUCCGGGUGUGAUGCAGCCCAUGCUCAAUGCGAGCCGCAAGCGUGUUCGAUCGAACUCCAUAACUGAACGUCCAGCCAAGGCACCCCGGCUUUCGUGGAAGAGUUCUCAUCGGUUGCCAGAGUCCUCACCUGGUUUUGACCGACCAGUUCAAAUCUAUUCGAACCAUCCUCCGUCCUUUGACGUCCCGACAUCCUCAACCCCUGCCUUCAAUAGCAACUCGGAUGAGGACAACGAUCCCGAUCUCCCAGCUCAUAGCUUCCAGAACGUCAGUUCGUCCAUGGUCAGCUCCUCUCCUCCUCGAACUCCGCCUCUCCGUCCUGCUCGCCUGCCAAGAAACGACAAAUACCAGGAGAACGAAGAUGGAGCAGACCUUCUCCUGUACUUAGCCAACUCCCCUACCCCGGCCAGAGUCAAUAACAAGGCACAAUCGCGAGACCUCCCUCCAUCAACACCUCCUAGCCAGUACGCGGCCUUACCAUCUUUGACCCCUACACCCAGUGGCGGGGUGUUUGCCAACUUUGGCACUCCCAACCAGCAGUUCAACUUUGCCGAUUUUGUCAACGUCACUCCGAGCCCAGCACAACGGCCCCGGGGUGGGCGCACUCCCGGUAGUCUCUCCAAAACCCCUCUUUCCAAGGGAGCAAGAAGAGGUCUGAAUUUCGACAAUCUUGUUCCCCCUGACGCUGACAGUCCCAACGGACGCAGCAAGGACUCCGGCUUGACGUUGCAACUCGGUGAAGAAUUGAGACCAUGA